AUGACAGAACCAGCAAUAUCAGCCCCAGAACCACCAGUUACAAAACCUUCGGAACAACCCAAAGUCAAAGAUCCGCGUCGAGUCGCGGCGGGAAAAAGAUUGGCGGCCAUCAGUCAGCAGGCCAAAGCCAACAAGAAAGCGAAACGGGAAGAAGCGGAACGACGGCAGGAAGUUUAUGAGGAGGAAGACAGUAAGAUGUUUUCGUUGAAUAAAAUAUGUAUGAUAUUUGGAUUGGGGAUAAGUCUCGGAUCCUUAUAUCUUGCAUGGCGAAGUCAGAGAAAAGAUGAGGUAACGGAAAAAAGUCUCGUGGAAGAAGAAGAAGAAGUACCGACGGAAACCGUGAGAGAUGAACCCUUCGACGACUUGUUUGAUUAG